AUGCCCGGAACACCGACUUUUUCCAAGGCCGUGCACUUUGACUCUCAUCUUGAGCAUGUCAGACAUUUCCUCCAGGUCGAUCGCCCACUCGCCGUCAGUGCAGGGUCAUCGCCCGUCGAGAACUAUGACAGCGACAACGAGUAUCCUUUCCCGGGUGAUGAGCGGGGCGUACGAUCUCCGCCAUUCGAGUGGGAAAUUAUUAUUAACAACUUUCCUCUCGACACACCUGCCCGGAAAGCCCAACCCGUUCGUUUGGAACGGGUGUGGCUGUCCACGGAUCAGAAGUGCCUGAUAGGAUCGGUUGCUGUGGCCAAUCUGGCGUUCCAAAAAUCCGUUACAUGCAGGUUCACGCUCGAUUAUUGGAAGACUACCUCGGAAAUUGCUGCAGAGUACAUGUCCGAGAUUCGCUCCAAUGAGCCUGGACCAAGCCACGAUCGCUUUAAUUUCACCAUUAAGCUGUCCGAUCUGGCGAAUUUGGAAUCCAAGACCUUGUACUUCGCAAUCCGCUACAAUGUCAACGGUCAAGAGCAUUGGGACAACAAUAACGGCACCAACUUCCAGGUCGACUUCCGCAAGAAGAUGCUGCCUCAGAACGGCAAGAAGGGUGUCAUCGGCGCUGCCAAUAGGCCCGCGAACGCCCUUCCUCGAAGCAACCGCCGAGCAAGUCCGUCUAGUGUUGGUCGUCCCAAGUCGAUGCCCGUUGCGUUCGACGAGUUUGGUGACAAUCCUAAGAUUGACUUCGAUCAGUCCAUUCAUGACUAUCUCGGAGAAGGCCCCACCUCGUUAAGGCUGAAGGGUGUCAAAUCAUCCACGAGCAUUCCUAGCGAUAAUCUGUCCACUCGGCUGUCCGCGCCCAGCGGCCAAGCUUUCGCCAACCGAUAUGACUUCGGUGCUUCUUUGUCUGCCGCUAUGUUGUCAGCAAAAGACUCGCCAACCAAACCUGAUGGCCUCUACAUGAAGCCUAACCAACGGAAGGCGACUCCUCCUCCACCAGCUGCCACGGUCAUCACCAGGCCACAGCCACCCAAGGUGCCCGCCCCGACAAACCAGACAGCUGCUGUUGCUGCUGCUGUCAACAAAGUGCUACCAGCCGUGCAGGGAGCAUCUGGUGCAGGCUCACCUGCUUCACCGAGCAUUGCUUCGUCGUCCUAUGAGGAAUUGGUCAACAAAUAUUGCUUUGUACGUACUCCAGGAUGA